CAGUUUUGGUUAAUAGUUUAGAAAUUACUAUUUGUUAUACCUAACGUUUAACAUUACCUAUUGCUUUCUAUAUUUUUUUACAAAAACUGUUUGUAUCUUAACAUCAUACCUACCUACGUUAUCAUCUUUGUUGCAUCCAAAUCGCCCGCAACACAGGGAUUCCUUAGUGCGGGAGUUGACAAAAAACUUCUUACAAAAGGAAUAUAAAACCUUCUAUAACAAAACCUCAUUUCGACUAAAAUAAAAUAAUAACUGUCAUCAGAUAACCUCAAACCUUCACAACAACACGAAAGUACACUUUCUACAAAUUACUGUAUAAAUGAAGUGUAUCUCGUUUUUAGUGUACGAGUUAGAGAGAUGUUUCAGUUCGUUAUGUGCCUCUUUAUACAGGGUGUUCUUUACAGACUGCAAUGAACCGAGUAGUUUACGUUGUGUCAGUUUCAUGUGCGGAUUUUGCUUAGGACAGAUUUACUAUAACACUCUGCUACGGAAGAUACCUUUUCCAUAUGAUCUAGGCUAUGCCGUGUCGUUAGUUUUAAGCAUAAUACUUGGUGUAGGUACCGCCAUAUCAAUACAAAUGAGAUGUAUCUGUCUGCUGAUAUUCCCGAUGUACUGCGGCAAGGCGGGACGAGGAGUCAUGAAAGCCGUUGCCUUGACUUACGUAGUCGCUGGUCCUAUAACCAAUAUGGGUAUGAACGCCCGUGAGGUGGUGCGAGUGUUCGCGUGCAGCGCUCAGCUCUCCUACAACCUGUCCAAGGAGAAGUACAUGCUAAUGGCCGAGCCUUUCCGUGCGACCGCGCUCAGUCUGCAGAGCGAAAUGGACCAGAUGAAGGAUGCACUCAAAUCAGUAAGAGACAUAACAGUUCCUAUAGAGCAGGAGCUCGAAGACACGGAAGAGGUCCGGGAGAAACAAAAGCAGAGCGAUUAUUUGGACACGCUACUGGCUCUCAACUGCCGCUCCAAGGAUAUAGAGACUAGAUAUCUGAAAGGAUCGAAAACAAAAGAGCGGCACCAUACUAUAGAGCAGAACUACAAAAGAAAAUUAGAAUACAGAUGUCAGUAUCAGAUCACAAGUGCGGUGGGCGUCUGCAUCGAGGCGUUUUCCUUAGCCUAUGACAAUUGUAUCGCGCACGCACCCGCUUACGUUGGCUGGAUGCUGUGCUCGCCGUUCAAGCUGAAACUUGUUUGCAACUUCAUCAACGACAUACAGAGAAACGAUACGUGUGAUGCUACGAGACAGGUGGGUACUGGUUUCGGAGAAGGCUACUUAGCGCUAGAAAAUGCAAAAAACGCACUCAGCGGCAACCUUGGAGAAAUGGAAAUGAAAUACGAAAUCACGUUUGAAAGGGAAUUAUUCGAUGUACAGGAUGCAAAAGAGACUGGUGAACGAGUGAUGCACGCGUUCGAAGAGAAGAACAUUCUCCUCCGCUGUGUUAUCGUGGCUCUCAACGUCUGCAUGGCCCUGCUGUUCCUGCGCAUCGUGACGGCUGCUAUAUCAUAUCAUGACAUGUAUUUGACCGGCAUUGAAUAUGAUAACGUGUAUAUAACACCGUACUUUAAAGGGCUGGAUGCGAAACGGAAAAGAAAAGGGGAAAUGACGUUGUUGCCGUUGAAAAAGAUGGAGCGCAGCAAAUACAUAGAUAUCCACUCGAUGACGUACAAGAUGGCGGAGCGCAGUAAGCUGGUGACGCACGUCCUCAAAGUGAUGCUGGAGGUGGUGACGGCCACUACCUUCGUGAUGCUGGACCGGCUGUUCUACGAGGCGCUGGACGUGGUGCGGCAGCACGCGCAGCUCGACACCGCGCACCGUGGCACGCACGACCUGAGUGUAGAGGUGAAGGGUACAGGUCUUUUAGCGUCUCUGCUCCGCAAACUGCUCUACCACCUCGCUUUAGGCGUCGACACCAGCGGCCAACGCUCCGUCACCAACAAGCAGUGUGUGCCGCACCCGCGCGCCAUGCCUGCCAUCUACUUCUUCAAGAUAUAUGGAGGAUACGUCUGGAUCUUGCUACUGCUUUAUGUUAAUCCUUACACUUUGAGAUUAAGAAGAUUAAUAUGCAGCUAUUUCUAUCCCAUUCGUGAGAAGCAUCGCAUUUUACACCUCUACAACGAUAUUCUCAAGAAACGAUUGAAAAUGCAGAAAACUUUACGCAGGAAAGCUGUACAAGCGGUGCGCGCUCACUACCUCUCUGGGGAGAACCUGCUUAGUUUGAGGAUGAAGUUUCCGUACGUCCUGGGCUGGCUGCAUGCCCUGCCGGCCGCCAGGAUGACUUGCCUCAUAUGUGGCGAGACUGAGCCAAGAACGGGGCAAUACUCCCAGAACUGGCACUCGUGCAGCUCGCCGAAGUGCCCGUUCGUGUACUGCGGCGAGUGCUGGCGGGAAGCGGGCGCGCGCUGCCUCGCCUGCGACCCGAGUCUUAACGACCUCAGUGAUGUGGACUCGCUCAGUGAUGAUGUACAGCUCCGGUAUUGAUGAAAUGAAAUGAAAUCAUUUACCUGCAAGUAGGAUAUUUCAUCACUUUUACAUGUCUUUUAUGAGAACGCUG